AUGGCAAAGAUCCAAUUCGGCACGAACAAUCCCUCAACCUUGACCUCAACCUCUCCACCACCCGCAUACUCCCCUUCCUUAUCUCUGGCCAACUCCUCCAAACGGCGUUCUGAUACCGCCAUACAACCAAACAUCUUAUUCAAUUCCAUAUCCGCGCUCGACUCCUCCAACAAUACCACCGCAACCGCCGUUCAAUCCAUCAGCGCAACCCACAUCCACCGCAUCAUUGGCGUCCGCCUCCCCCGACGAUCCCCGCAAAAGCUCUACGACAUCCUCCUGACGAAGGGGAAGAUCGCCGAGGUCUCCCCUCACAACCCUCGCAUGCCCUCGCUUUCCCACCUCCCAGGCAUCCUCCUCGGCAACGGACGACUCAUCGCCCCGAGCCUCUGCCACGCACACAUCCACCUCGACAAGUGCUUCCUGCUCUCCGACCCCGCCUACUCCGACCUCUCGAUCCAGCACGGCACGUUCGACGAAGCCAUGUCGCUGACCCAGCAAGCCAAAGCGCGGUUCACCCACGACGACCUCCUGCGGCGCGGUCGGCGGCUCGUCCUCGAGAGUCUGCGCGCGGGCGUCACUGCCAUGCGAGCGUUUGUGGAGGUGGACGCCACGGUCGAGAUGCUCUGUCUGGACGCCGGGAUUGAGCUGCAGGAGCAGUUCCGCGGGUUGUGCGAGAUCCAGCUAUGUGCGUUUGCGCAGGUGCCGUUGUUCUCGGGUACGGACGGCGGGGAUGCGGCGCGGAAGUUGAUGAGGGAGGCGGCGAAGCGGGGUGAGGUGGCGGUGGUGGGGUCGGCACCGUAUGUGGAGGCAGAAGAGGUGAAGGCGCGGAUGAACGUGCGGUGGUUAGCUGGGUUGGCGAAGGGAGAGGGAAAGGCGCUGGAUUUCCAUCUGGAUUAUUUCGGGAUCGAGAGGCAGCCGAUGGUGCAUGAUGUGGUUUCGAUUUUGAAAUCCGUGGCCUGGGUUGAGCAGAGGUCUGAUACCCAACCGGUGUGUCUGGGCCAUUGCACGCGGUUGGCGCGGUGGACGCCCGCGGAGUGGAGGCGGCUGAAGGAGCAGAUCGAAGAGGCGAAACUGGACGUCAGUUUCGUCGGGUUGCCGACCAGCGACUUGUUCAUGAUGAAGGACAAGUCGACGUUGAAUCCCGUCGAGCUGGUGAGAGAUCAUCAACUGAACGCCGCGAUCGCGGUGAACAAUGUUGGAAAUGCGUUCACGCCACAGGGGAGUUGUGAUCCAAUCACGGUCGCAAGUCUAGGGGUUGGAUUGUACAGUGCUGGAACGAAGUUCGAUGCUAGUCUGCUAUAUAACUGCGUGUCCUCCCGAGCGAAAUCCGCAAUCGGCCUAGAUUCCAUUCCGUCUCCAGGUCUUCAUGAAGGCCAACCUGCAGAUUUCGUCUUAUUUGGUUCUGGAGAAAGUGACUGGACUUCUCCCCGAGCUGUUACAGAUGUCGUGUACAAUCCCGGUGCUGUUUCGAAUCGGCAGAUCAUAAGUGCUGGACGAUUAUUGAAUUUUUCUAGGUAG